CUUUGUAUCAUAACGCUGUGAAUACAAACAUUGCACAAUGAGAGGAAUUUUACAUUGUACCCUUGCUUUGGUACUAGUUUCUAUAGUAACAGGUUUUACCCGUUACCCGACAUGCAUUUGUUAUGUUAAACACUCAACUGAUGGAGAAUCAGCUGAUGGAUUCCGCGAAGUUCAGUGUCUCCAUUCAAGUGGUUUGUUGCUGAAGCCACGCCGGAUACAAACUAACGAUAUAGGCACAUUAACAGUCCUGACCGGGUCAAAUUGCGAGAAUUUACUGGAAGAUGAAAAGAAUGAACAGCGACGGUUUUUCUCUGAUUCUUUCGGCGGGAGUAUUGAUACCGGGGCUAAAGGUGACGGUAGUUCUAGCUUUGGGGGAAGUGUACAUACACCGGCAGGAAGUGUGUCGGGUCACGCCCACUUUUCUCAUGGCGACCUGUCUGGAGGCGACAUCGGUGUGUCCGGCAAUGUGGGGAAAUUUGGAAGUGCCGGUGUACACGCCAACUACGAUAAUGGACAUGUAAGUGGAGGUGUCGAUGCUGGAGUUGAUCUUGGUGGCUUUGCACAUGCGCAAGGACAUGUGGACGUUGACCACAACCUCGAUUUCAGUGGAGGUGUGAACGCAGGUGUAGAUCUUGGCGGGUUUAAGGAGACGGCCUCACUAGAUAUCGACCAUAACGGACACGCUACAGGAGGAAUCCAGGGCACAUUUGGACGCAGAGAUCAGGGCAAUCAUCAGCGACGGUUUUUCUCUGAUUCCUUUGGCGGUAGUAUCGAUAGCGGAGCUAAAGGUGACGGUAGCUCUAGCGUUGGGGGAAGUGUACAUACACCGGCAGGAAGUGUGUCGAGCCACGCCCACUUUUCUCAUGGCGAUCUAUCUGGAGGCGAUAUCGGUGUGUCCGGCAAUGUGGGGAAACUUGGAAGUGCCGGUGUACACGCCAACUACGAUAAUGGACAUGUAAGUGGAGGUGUCGAUGCUGGAGUUGAUCUUGGUGGCUUUGCACAUGCGCAAGGACAUGUGGACGUUGACCACAAACUCGAUUUCAGUGGAGGUGUGAACGCAGGUGUAGAUCUUGGCGGGUUUAAGGAGACGGCAACACUAGAUGUCGACCAUAAUGGACACGCUACCGGAGGAAUCCAGGGUACAUUUGGACGCAGAGAUGAGAGCGAACAACAGCGUCGGUUUUUCUCUGAUUCUUUCGGCGGGAGUAUCGAUACCGGGGCUAAAGGUGACGGUAGUUCUAGCUUUGGGGGAAGUGUACAUACACCGGCAGGAAGUGUGUCGGGCCACGCCCACUUUUCUCAUGGCGAUCUGUCUGGAGGCGAUAUCGGUGUGUCCGGCAAUGUGGGGAAACUUGGAAGUGCCGGUGUACACGCCAACUACGAUAAUGGACAUGUAAGUGGAGGUGUCGAUGCUGGAGUUGAUCUUGGAGGCUUGGCACAUGCGCAAGGACAUGUGGACGUUGACCACAACCUGGACGUCAGUGGAGGUGUGAACGCGGGUGUAGAUCUUGGCGGGUUUAAGGAGACGGCAACACUAGAUAUCGACCAUAACGGACACGCUACAGGAGGAAUCCAGGGCACAUUUGGACGCAGAGAUCAGGGCAAUCAUCAGCGACGGUUUUUCUCUGAUUCCUUUGGCGGUAGUAUCGAUAGCGGAGCUAAAGGUGACGGUAGUUCUAGCGUUGGCGGAAGUUUACAUACACCGGCAGGAAGUGUGUCGGGUCACGCCCACUUUUCUCAUGGCGAUCUAUCUGGAGGCGAUAUCGGUGUGUCCGGCAAUGUGGGGAAAUUUGGAAGUGCCGGUGUACACGCCAACUACGAUAAUGGACACAUAAGUGGAGGUGUCGAUGCUGGAGUUGAUCUUGGAGGCUUGGCACAUGCGCAAGGACAUGUGGACGUUGACCACAACCUCGAUUUCAGUGGAGGUGUGAACGCAGGUGUAGAUCUUGGCGGGUUUAAGGAGACGGCAACACUAGAUGUCGACCAUAAUGGACACGCUACCGGAGGAAUCCAGGGUACAUUUGGACGCAGAGAUGAGAUUGAACAACAGCGUCGGUUUUUCUCUGAUUCUUUCGGCGGGAGUAUCGAUACCGGGGCUAAAGGCGACGGUAGCUCUAGCGUUGGAGGAAGUGUACAUACACCGGCAGGAAGUGUGUCGGGCCACGCCCACUUUUCUCAUGGCGAUCUAUCUGGAGGCGAUAUUGGCGUGUCCGGCAAUGUGGGGAAAUUUGGAAGUGCCGGUGUACACGCCAACUACGAUCAUGGACAUGUAAGUGGAGGUGUCGAUGCUGGAGUUGAUCUUGGUGGCUUUGCACAUGCGCAAGGACAUGUGGACGUUGACCACAACCUGGACCUCAGCGGAGGUGUGAACGCGGGUGUAGAUCUUGGCGGGUUUAAGGAGACGGCAACACUAGAUAUCGACCAUAACGGACACACUACAGGAGGAAUCCAGGGCACAUUUGGACGCAGAGAUGAAAUCGGACAUCAACGACGGUUUUUCUCUGAUUCCUUUGGCGGUAGUAUCGAUAGUGGAGCUAAAGGUGACGGUAGCUCUAGCGUUGGCGGAAGUGUACAUACACCAGCAGGAAGUGUGUCGGGUCACGCCCACUUUUCUCAUGGCGAUCUGUCUGGAGGCGAUAUCGGUGUGUCCGGCAAUGUGGGGAAAUUUGGAAGUGCCGGUGUACACGCCAACUACGAUAAUGGACAUGUAAGUGGAGGUGUCGAUGCUGGAGUUGAUCUUGGAGGCUUUGCACAUGCGCAAGGACAUGUGGACGUUGACCACAACCUCGAUUUCAGCGGAGGUGUGAACGCAGGUGUAGAUCUUGGCGGGUUUAAGGAGACGGCCUCACUAGAUAUCGACCAUAACGGACACGCUACAGGAGGAAUCCAGGGUACAUUUGGACGUAGAGGAAAUUCCCCCAUUGAGCGUAUGAUCAAGCAGGUUGGCAAUGACGAUACAGAACUAAUGUAGUUUGAUAACCAGAUGUGAGCAUUCUCAUGUACCUCUCCCGGUUACUUCAUCAACAGUUUCCUCUGUUGUGGUCGCCCGUGAAGACGAGGCUGCUAAACGCAAUCGAAGACGGUAUUUGCCUCUCCAUGUUUUUUGACGUUCACAACUGAAAUGAAUAUGUAAGGAAUCAUAACUGGGCGUCACCUGGGGUCAGUUUAAGGGACCUGUCAUGCCAGAGUGUCUGCAACAUGACAGCUCGGUGAAAUGCAACACUAAAGUUAUUCUAGGUGACAUCUUUAUAUGACCUUAUUGAAUAGAUAUGAUGAUAAAUACUAUCUGACCAAGCAAUAGGCAAAGUUAUCAUGUAUUUUUGAAGAUUUUCCUCCAAAUCUGCAUACCAUUUCACGCUCGAUCAAAUAUCUGCCGACAAUAGAGUUAUAUCCUUUUACAUUUGGUACAUAACACUUUUAAAUGGCGUUGAUCAGUCCUUAAUGGCGCCGUCAGGUUGACGUGGAGUAACGUCAAAAAGAAAUGACGUCAUUAAUUAUGUAACUGAUUCUCGGACUAUUUGAUACUACAAUGUAUUAGUUUUUCGACGUUUGUUAUUUAGUUUUUUAGCAUGAAAAUGUAAUAAAAUGAAAAUCGAAUGGUUUCCCGUUGAAUACAACAUAUACAUGUAUGAUAAAUAUCGAUAGUAUGCCAUACUCGUGAAAUAUAUGUUAUAUCCAACGCGAAACCUUUCAAUAUCCUCUUUAUAUUUUUAGAUUAAUAUGUUCCGAAAUAUCAGUAAACAUUAUUUAAAGAUAGCAAACGUUCAAGUACUACCUUCUCAAUAUUUUUUGGAUGCAUCUUUAAUAUUUGAAUGAACAAAGACGUAAUGUAAGGAAUCUAUAUGUGAAAUUAGUUUAAAACUACUGGUCUAAUGAUUAAUAACACCAAACCUGAAGUUAUUUAGAUUGGCUGAAAGAAAACAGUGACGUGAUUCCUUAUCCAGAACUAAAGCAGCAAAGGGGAAGCAGUAAUUUUUUUACUUCUGAAUGUGGAAUUUCAAGUCGAUUUACAUCAGAUACCUAAAUUUAGUAACGCUUAUGGCUUUAAUUAAUCUUUAGAUGUAUAAUAUACAUUAUUAAGUCCUUAUUGAUAUCACAAUGUAAUCAUGUUUUAUAUUCUUGUCGAAUCUAGGUGACAUUUUCAUUAAAAACUAUAUAGUUUCCUAUCGCAAAGUAAAGUAGAUAUUAAAAUUACAAAGAGUUGCUAUUAUUAAAGUUACUUAGAAGGAUGUCUUAAAGUGAUUUAUUUGAUAUAAAGUCUCCUAUCAAUUCAUUAAAACGUGUAUUGAUACGUAGGAUGUCUGAAAUACAGGUUGCAUAACAAGUAUUAUAUAAUCAGUAUGUUUAUGUUUACAUUCUUACUAACUUGGUUAUUGGAUACUUAUCCGUUAUACAACGGAACUGUAAAACCUUAAAUCAACCUGAAGUUCCCUAUAUUUCCAUUACACCAUUAUUACAUUAUGCAUGUAAAACAUGAUUUUAUUUCCAGUUGUACACCGGACAAAUUGCUGUCUAAAUGAGUUUCUUUGUCCUUUCAGUACAUUUUCGGUAACAAACUGAGUUUUGUUGUUACCUGUUCAAUAGUAAAAUCACCAUGAGUGAUCCAACUACAACCACGAAAUAAAGAAACGCCGAAAUAGU